CAAAAACGCGGAAACAAUAGAGGCAAUCAGUUUGUCAAAACAGAUAACACCGAGUCGGCAGAAAGUGAGCGUAGUUGAUGCUGACAGCUGUCAAAGUUAAUAUCUAUCGUCUGUCAAACGAUCUGAAAGACUAGCCAUGGCUCUGAAGAGAAUACAAAAGGAGUUAAAUGACCUACAGAGGGACCCUCCAGCUUCAUGUUCUGCUGGACCUGUUGGGGAAGACAUGUUUCACUGGCAAGCUACCAUCACAGGACCGAAUGACAGCCCAUAUCAUGGAGGAGUUUUCUUCCUUUCUGUGCAUUUCCCCACUGACUAUCCCUUUAAACCACCAAAGGUUGCCUUUACUACGAAAAUCUAUCACCCAAACAUAAAUAGCAAUGGUAGCAUUUGCCUUGACAUCUUGAGGUCACAGUGGUCACCUGCACUUACAGUAUCAAAAGUUUUAUUAUCCAUAUGCUCACUGCUUUGUGACCCAAAUCCAGAUGAUCCCCUAGUCCCUGACAUCGCACAUAUUUAUAAAUCAGACAGACAAAAGUACAACAAAAUUGCCAGGGAAUGGACCCAAAGGUAUGCAAUGUGACGGACUGAUGUUCCAGCUGCAAAGACGCAUCCCUCAACACCUCAGAAUAUGACUGUUUAAUUGCUUUAUCCUCACUGGUUCUAAUUGAGGUGUUUGACAUGCUUGAAGCACUUUCUCUACCCAGACCUUACUUGACUUAACUGCUUUUAGUGUUUAUUUUAUUUUAUUCUCUUAAAUUGGCAUUAUUAUUAUUAUUAUUGUUAUUGUUGUUAUUAUUAUUAUUAUUAUUAUUAUUAUUAUUAUUAGAUAUGAGAUGGAAGUUUGGGGAGGUUCUUUUACAUUUUUGCUGUAUGAAAUGAUUCUGAAUUUAUUUUUCAUGAUUUUUGCAUUAAAAUAUUAUGCAAAAAGUGAAUUUAUAAUUGUUUCUCAGGAGUACUCACAACUAAACUGAAAAUGGUUCAGUGACAACUCUUCAUUUCUACUACCGUCUUCGUGUCAUAAACCUGACCACUAGGUGGCAGUCUUUACUUUUUACUUGCCAAACUUUUCUGGUGGAUAAUUUAAUAUUCAUGUUUGUGUUACAUUUAAUUCAGGCCCAUUUGCUAAAUGGUUAAUUGUGUGGAUAGUGGCUGUUAUGGAGUGUUGCUCUGGCUAUGAACUGAAAAUGAGGAGGCCUGUUCUGUCAAUUGAAAUCAGACCACCCAUUACCAUCACCUCUGCUCCUUGCUUUGUGCUGAUGAAGCUCGUGUCUCCAUAUAAGUGGAGCACUUCCUGUUUAAAAUCGAACUCAAGCAUGUUUGCCCAGCUGUUAUUACAGUAUUUUAUAACCACUGCUUUCACAAAAUGGCUUCAGUUUGCAAACCACUUAGAAGUUUAAUCAUAAAGUGUGAGCAUCUCUGUCAGUGAUUUAAAUCUUGCUGCAUUUUAAAAUAAAGCAAUUUUUGCCAAUGGAUCAAGAGAGAAAAGC